AUGAAUAAUUCACGACUCAGUGUGAAAGCAAAUGAUGUGAAAUGCUGUUCCUGGCUAGUCUCGACCGUUGUCAUUGUCACAAUGUCUGUGAUGUCGAAAAAAGAGUCAGAUGGCUGUAAAAAACUUUUGGAACUGCUGCCAAAGGACGACUUGUUUGCACUGAACGAUACAGUGACCAACCGGUUAAUUCGCGUAACGAGUUCCAGAGAGGCAAUUGAAGCUAUCAUAGCCUACUCUACGAAUGCGGAAGAGCUUCUCAAAAGGAAAAAGGUUCAUCGGGAUGUCAUAUUUCAAUACCUCGCUAAAGAAAGUGUUGUUGUACCUCGAAACAGUGAGAAAUAUCAGUUGGUAAAGAAAACUCUUGAAUUGUGGUCAUCUGACAGCCAGGUUUCCAAAUCAGAUUUUCAGAAUCAAGACGGUUUGGGAGAACUGACAUCUUUGGGGAAGCAGUUUUGCCAGUGGUUCUUCCAGCUUUUAAACUCUCAGAACCCCCUGGCUGCUCAGCCGGUGCAGGACUGGGGUCCACAGCACUUCUGGAGUGAUGCCAAGCUGCUACUUCUCUCUCAUGCAGAGGUUGAGCAGAAAGAGGAGUUUGUUGGAGCUGAACUGGUGAGCCAGCGGCUUUUGGCUCUUGUCUGGGAGGAGAGGUUACUCUUCUGUCCUAACCUGGCACAAACAGGUCUGAAGUGUGUAGCUUCGCUUCAUGGGUUGGUGCUGGUGGCCGUCGCUGGCACCAUCCAUCGGGAGAGCGAUUGCCUUGGAGUGUUUGAGCAAGUGUUCGGGCUGAUUCGCUCUCCUCUGGACGACAACCGCUGGAAGAUAAAAUUUGUGCAUUUCAAUGCAAAGAGACAGAUUGGUAAGGAGACAUUGCCUGCAGUGACCUAUGAUUCACAAGAACUGCUUCAAUUGUUCACUCAGUAGAACUGUUUAUAUGGACAUUUGUACAUGACACAAAAAGCACUUCAAAUAAUGCAUGAUAGUUACAUAUUAUUUUAACAUGGGUAGCUUCUUGCUUAUAUGCAGUGUGACCGUUUUAUGAACUCUGUUUUUCCUUUAAACAUUCAUUAAGAUAGGCAUAAUGUUGAAGGGUCUGUGCAAAUUGAUUACCAGUUUCUGUUUAAUUUGUGUUGUGAAGCUUAUCUGGCCAUUUAUUUCUUCAGUUGUAUAGUUUUAUUAUACAGUAAAUUCAUUAAAAUGACAGACUUAGCUACUAUAAA